AUGGUCGAUACAAAAGAUUCUACAAUUAAGAUCGACCAGCAUGUGCUAAUACGUUUGCCGUCAAAGGGGUUGAAGCUUGUCCAGUUACAAGACUCGGGUCGAAUUAGUCUUGGUAAAUUUGGAUCAUUCGAAGUUUCGGGUAUAUUGGGCCAUCCGCUAGGUUCUUCAUUUGAGAUAGUGGAUGACAACACGGUCAGGGUAAUCAAAAGUAUUACGGAUGCUGGUGACAUUUGGAAUGCCGACGAAGAUGUGCAAAAACAAGAAUUGACAAGAAUGUUUAGCAAUAGUGCCGAGAACAACCAAAAUAUCAUAGAUAUUGGAGCCAAAAUACAAACCUUAACUAAUGACGAAAUUGACGAAUUGAAAAAAAGUGGAGCAUCUUCACAAGUUGGGCAGUUAAUCAUUGAAAAAAUGAUUGCAAACCAUGGCGGAUUCGACAAAAAGACGAUAUUCUCACAAGAAAAGUAUUUGAAACGAAAGCAGCUGAAGUUUCUCCGGAGAUUUACCGUGGACUAUCUUGGAGCAGCUGAACUUUUGGAAUAUAAUCUCGAAAAAGAUGCUUCAAAAAUUUUGGAUUUGAGUGUCGAAUCGUUAGGUUUGUUGAUGAAUUACGGUAAUAUUCGGCCAGGUGGAAAGUAUCUUAUAAUUGACGAAACAGGUGGUUUACUUUUGUAUGCGAUGAUGGAAAGAAUGGACUGUAAGGGUAUUAUUGUACUCCUUCAUGAAAAUGAGCAUGCAAAUUCAAUAAUGUUGAGAUACUCAGAUUAUGACGAGUCGGUCAUUAAUGCAGUAGUGAAGCCGAUCAACUGGUUACAAUUUACAGAGCUUGAACACGAAAAGAUAGAGCUCAAGGAAGAAGAAUUUGAACCUAAGAAGCCGAAACUCAAAGAGCAAUUUUUGCGAAAACGCGAGAGGGCAAGGAAUGUUAAUGAGGUAAUUGAUUUGGUUGAAGAGGGUAAUUUUGAUGGCUUUGUGUCAAUGUCCACCUUGUAUAUGCCUGAUGUUUUAAAACACGUAGUACCAAAAAUUGGUGGAUCUAGACCAUUGGUGAUAUACAAUCAAUACAAAGAGCUAUUGGCAGAGGUACAACAACAUUUUACAAAUGAUCGAAGAAUCUUAGCUUCUUCAAUUUUUGAAACCAGGGCCAGACCAUAUCAGACUAUACCUGGGAGAAUGCAUCCACUAAUGACUAUGAGAAGCGGAGGGGGGUAUGUAUUGUGGGGCACUAGAGUCUUCCCAGAUGAGAGUGUCAUUGCCGUCGGAAAAGGGAUGAAGAGAAGAAGAGAAGAAUCAGUUGAAACUGCAGCUUCAAGCUCUCCAGCUAGUGUGAUAGAGAAAACGGUAGGGACUUCUAUGGAGCCAGAAACAGAAGAAGCAACAGAGACACAAGAUGAUGAAGUAAUUGAGACUUAA